AUGGAAGUCGUGGCGAACGAACUGGACAUCGAACGCGUUGAGAGCGUUGACGUGAAGUCAGGGCCAGAGGAGAGAGCAUACGUUCUGCGGCGUCGUUCUAGCAGCAAAGGAAGCAAAGGAAGCAAAGGCAGCAAAGGCAGGACAGAAACGCGAAAGACUUCCAGCUUUGAAGAGGAGUAUGAAAGUUUGGAAGAGGCCGCCUGGGCGAAGUUCGACGAGUCGUAUCCCGACUUCUUCCAGGUGUUGGAGUUCGCGAAGGACGGCGGAUUUUCGGAGGUGCACGAGCUCUGGGACAGCAGCAGGUACUUGCGAGCAGCGCUUGCACUCCUGAUGUUGGUGGCUAAUGUGGGCACAAUUUUGAUCAACGAUGGAGGGUACUUGGUCCAUGCCACGCACUUGGCAGAUGAUCAGGAAGAUACUUUGGGAAUCCACCCCGUGGAUGACAACGUGAGAGCCAUCCAGAACGACUACAUGAUCUCGGGUUUUUUGGUGGACAAAUGCUUCGAAGCCUUCGCAACCCUCUCAGGAUGCGGAAGUCGGAUGCACAGCCCGCGGAUUGCACUCAUCUGCGCCAUUGAGCUCUUCUUGCUGGCCCUGUUGAUUGUCAAGGCGGUGAAUUGCUUUGUGGCGAGCUUUGUAGAGAAGCUGGAGCGUGUUCGCUGGACCAAAGCCUGCAUCUUUUGGUGGGAGGUAUUCCCAGAGCUGUCUUCUUUCAGUGCUAUGCGGCUGUUGCACUUCGCGACUCCUUCUGUGGUGCUUUGUGAUUUGUAUUCCUUUGCAGCAUAUGCUGGUUCGCGUGCUGAACUUGACGGUUACGCCACAGGCUUUCGUUUAUGGUUGGUCUUCGUUCUCAAGAAGCUGAUGUGUUUGGUUGUUGGUAUCGAUGCCUUCCUUUUCAAAGUCCGCGUGGCCUACAGCGACAUCCACAAAGACGAGCUCGGACCAUGGAGUUUUCUCAGCCUGACGAUGUUCAUUGUGCAGGUUCUUGGCAUUGUUCAACUCUCCAUGUUUGUGCGUGACCGAAUUUUCCUCUUCAUCUUUGGAGGCGAAGAUAGCAUCAUGCAGCCUGCAGAAAGGGCACUGAAGAACAUCUGGCUGGCCAUGGUUGUGCGCAAGCUCUGCCAGCUUUUCGAAUGGCACAGAGCCAUUGCCAUUCUCAUGACCUUUGACGAAGAUGAUUUUCAGAAGCUGGUACUCAAUGAGAACGGAGACAUCCAUGAGAGCCUCAUGUCCACCUCUGUGGGAUCUUGGGAUCCGUUAACUGAGUCCGCUGGCUUUGCCAGCGAAGGCCUGCUCAGUCGAAUUUCUGAAGAUGACAAGGAAGGGCACCAGUGA